GUGAAAACAGAUUUUAAAGAACUAAAAGACGAACAGAAACGAACAAACAAACAAAAGAAAGGAACAAGAAAAAGGGAAUAACGAAUGAAAGAAAAGAGCCAAGAGAGAGAAAAAUAAAGUUUUAUUAGCACCGCAUCAGGUUUCAUUAUCUGAUAAACAUUAUAUCUGUGUAAUAAUACAUCAGUGUAAUAGAGCAUUGCCUUUGCGCCGAGCAAGGUUUUGGCAGCUACAUAAAGUGCUGGAAAGACUUGCAUGUUGGGACCUUACGUGGGGAUCCCCGACGUGGAUGGAAAUCCCGAGUAAGGGCGGCCAACGUGGGUUAAAAUGUCCCACUGACCUCAGGACCUUCCAGGGGAUCCUUGGCCCUUGAGUUCCGCGUAGGGCGUCGGGCGGAGCAUCUCCUCAUGGCAGAGCGCCCCAUGUACCCGUGGCUCUCGCCCCCGAGCAUCAGGACGACCCUCAAGCUCCCCGACCGCUCCCCGACGCUGUCCGUGGGCGCGGGCGGGAGCCUGUCGACGGGGGCGGCCCACCAGCAGAGUCCUUCCCUCGGCUCCACGCUCUCGCUCCCCCUGUGCAGCGAGAGGUCGUCCAGCCCGUCGCGGACGUCGUCGUCGCGAGGCUCGACGUCGUCCUCGUCGUCGUGGUCGUCGCAAUGGUCGUGGAACACCUUGCUCUCGAACCCCUCCCUCACGGAGGCCCUACUCCCCCCCGAGGCCUGCCAACUGCACUGCUUCUUCGCUCACUCCAAAGGUUGGUACUCCUUGACGCUGUCCUCAAAACGUUUCCUUCGAACGGGCAAACGUUCUGUGGAUUCUCGCGGGCUGAAAGCUAUUAAUACGUAUUUUUGUCGUACCUCUGGAGGUCAUAUCGAAUAUGACUUCGCUCACUCCUACGCGUUGGCCUUUGGGGAAUCGCCCCUCGACGCCAGCCUGGGAAAGUUUCUGAAAAGGACAAUAAUGAUUACAAAGCGUCGAGAUAAUGAACACUGGGAAGAAGCCGAACAAGAGCAACGUAGGGACAAACUAAUGUUUAGAGAGGAAGAACAGAAGUGGAAGUAA